AUGGCCAGCACAACCUCCGGACAGUGUAUUUGCGGAUUCCCACGGCAGUGCUCCGGCGCAGAACUCGUGGGAACCAUUCGCAUAGUGUUCAAGCACGAGUAUCUCGAAACACACAGCGGUAGUACAUACCGUCGACAGCAUAUAUGCGGGUCUAACUCCACCAACUGGACACGGGUAACCACUGAAGUGGUAAGGCCGAUGACCCCACCUCCGGACAAGUCCCUAUGGGUCAUCCGCCAGCGUCAGGAAGGCAAGGGCCCUCACUGGAGUCUCUUUGCCGCCGUCGACGAUGAUUCUGACAGCCCAGUGGGCAGAGUCUGGCAGGUUAAUGGUGACCCCGAUGUUGGAAUGUACUACGCGCACCGUGAGAACAGUGAGUCUGGCGUCGGGAUUCAAAUGUUUCUCACCGCCGCGUUUGCUGACGAUGUCUUUGUUUGCAGCAACCUGUCGGAGCAUUGGGAGGCCAAGGUUGACAAGAUCGCGAACACCAUCAAGCCUCCAGGGCCCAUUGAAGGUGUACCUCGCAGGAAUAAUGACCAUAGGUGCAACUGCAUGAACUGGGUGUGGCAAGUCCUUGAAGAACUUGUGAAGGAAGGUAUUGUACCAAGCGAAGCCGCUGAGAAGGCAAGAAACCUACCUGAUCUCGAGCCUACUGAGUAG